CAGAGCUCUGUACACUGAAGAUGAUGUAGCACCUGCACUUCAAAAUCUGCAAGCAUUAAUUGGUCAACAUCCCACCAAUGAGAGCCAGCCUUGGCUGGAUGCAGCCAAUCAGACUGGAGUACAGUCUGGCACAGUUCAUUCUACCAUAUCAUCGACAGAUUAUUUCGCAAAUGGAAGAAACUCAAACUUGUUUUCACAUACAGAUACUGUUUGUUACAUUAAUGUUUCAAGCCAGGUGGCUGUUGAUGGAACAUUCAGACAUGAUUUUGAUAAUAAUAUUCAUGAAAUAUCAGAGAACAUAACUAACACAAGUCUUGAUAAAGCAAAGAAGGAGACAAGGUUUUUUAGCCAAUUUUCAGAAAAUUUGGAACAAAGUCAGUCAGAUGAAGUUUGUAACAAUUGUGUUGACUUUAUGGGAUCCAAUAAUGGAACUGUUCAACACAAUUUUUCAGAUUCAAUCGGUGGUGACUUUGAAUCAAAUAGAUUAUGUUGCAACCAUGCAGGAGAUAGAGAUGAAGAAGAACUGAGUAAUUCACUUGAAUUUGUGUAUAAACAAAAAGCACAGGAGCUUGUCAAAAAGGUGAUUGUAGAUGCUAAAAAGAUGGUGACUUCAUGUUACACUAAUGUAUGUAUUGAUAAUAGUUCCCGUGCGUUGAAUGGUUUUGAACUUGAAACCACAGGCUCUGAAUCUUUACCAUCAGUAUUACUUACAGUAAUGGAGAAGAAGGAUGAUUUAACAGAUGCAGAUAUGCAAUCAUGCAAAGACUGUGAUACUUCAAGCAGUGUGAACAAUGGGCUUAUGACACAUGCAGAUAAUAUAAACGCAUCAAAUAUAGAACCAAGUUGCAUUGCCGAAAAACGUGGACCAGUGUUGAGGCCUAAGGAUUCAAGUGCGGGUAUGCAAGCUUUGUUGGAGAAGCAGUUAGGAGUGCUGAGAAGGGUUGAGGCGUGUUGUAAGCUGGGAGAGGACUUGCUGAGCAUGUUGCUGGCGGAGACAGACUGUGACUUUGUCAUUGAAGUUAAUGGGACCAAAAUACGAGCGCACAGGUGUGUUUUAUCUACAAGAUCGGAGUAUUUUGGUGCCAUGCUGAGCAAUUGUUGGAGGGAAACGGACAGUCAAAUGAUGUGUAUUGAAGGGGCUAGCAUAGCAGACGUGUGGCAGAUGCUAUUCUACAUAUACGGUGGUUGCGUCGAUAUCGACCCGAGGGUUGAAAUGCACUCCAUGGCAAAACUUGCUGAUAUGUACGCAUUGGAUAGGCUUCGGGACGUUGUAACCUUCAACCUUACACGGGACUACUGUCACUUUUUUCACAAGCCCUGCAAGGAAUGUACCAAGCAAGUACCAUACGCACUAGCAUGUGCUGCCAGUUUUAAUAUGCCAGACCUUCGAGACAAGUGCGUGAAGUGGAUCAACAAGCAUCUUGCCCAAGUGUGGAACACCAAGGAACUGCUCACGUUGCCCAGGGAGAUGCUGGAAAUGUGCCUGAAAGUGGCUGUAGAUGAUCUGUCGGUGGACACAGUUCUGGACACAUUAUUGACAUGCUGCCAGUUGAACGAGAAGACGCCCAGAAGUAUCAAGUGGAUCGAGCCCAUGUUUGGAAUGAUUGAGGAUCUCAAGGAAGCUGCCAUCAAGUUUGCCAGUUCUAACUUCGUCAAUCUUAUAUCCAACACUAAUCUGCGAAGGCUGGAUGAGAGGAGCCUGACCUUCAACAAGCAGCCUAUAGAGGACAUCUUUACCCUGAUCAUCAAAACUCUCAGCCCAGAUAUGGCCUGCAGGGCCUAUCUUGCAGUGCACAAGUGGGUGAAGACCAUAGAAACAUUGAGAAAUGACACAGAAAGUGCAAAAACCUUUAGUGAGGAGUUCGAGUCCUUGAUUGAGAACUUGUUCAGGACCUGCGAGGAACAGCUCUGUACCAACAUACAGCUUGUUGUGGACACUGCAGAGUGGGACCUCCUAUCUGCAGACAUGCGGGACACAGUUAAACAAAAUGCUGGUUACAUUCAAAUUGGGUCUACCAAGCCAAAGAUGGGGAGACCAAAACUAAGCAGUGACAACAGAAAGAAGACAUCAGCAGAGAAGGGGAUGUCAAUAAAGGAGUAUUUCGAAUGUCACACUGGUCACCUCCAGAUACCUCAGCCUGCCAAAGAACGCCAUGACAAAUCCCACCACAACACUCAAAGCCAUAGAAAGACACAAGUCAUAAAAUCUGGGUCUACAGAAACAAAAACAAGGAGAAAAGAAAAAAGGAAAUCAGUCGAGAAAAUCUCAGACACCCAAAAGAGAAAUAAGUCAACAUUCAAAAGCCUGAAAGUAAAGAAACCUUCACAAGAAAAUGGGAUUGAAACUGAAGAAAACGCAAGUAAUUGUAGUGCUGAUGAAGUUGUUCUUCUACAGCCAAAUGGGCGUCUUAUAGAUAUUGAUGCAAUAGAGCCCUUUCAACGCCCAGACCCAAUCGUGUUUGAACCGGAUAUAUUGUUGCCAAGCUUUGAAGUUACUUUUACAAUCGGUUGAUUUAAGGCAUCUGGAUCUUAAGUGUACUUUACUUUCGUGGAUGGCUUGAUUGACUUUCUGCACUAUCUGUUAAAGAAUUGUUUUGUGUGUUUAAUCUUCAACAUGUAAAAUUUCUCUGGUAGUUUUGCAAAUGUUUAGUUCUCAAAAGAUUAUCUUGUAAGUUAACAUUACAUUGUACUGAUAUCAAAGUCAAGAUUUCUUUAUGUUCUUGAAUCUGCCCCUGUUCAGCUACUUGUUUUAGUUGAAGCAGUUGUGUUUUUUUAUGCCCCCGGAUCGAAUGAUCGGGGUAUAUUGUUUUUGGCCUGUCUUUCUUUCUGUCUGUCAUUCUGUCCCAAAACUUUAACCUUACAGUAAAGUUUUGCAAUAACUUUUGAAAUAUUGAACAUUGCAACUUGAUAUUUGGCAUGCAUGUGUAUCUCAUGGAGCUGCACAUUUUGAGUGGUGAAAGGUCAAGGUCAUCCUUCAAGGUCAAAGAAAACAAGGGCUGUUUGUAAAACAUGCAUGCCCCCCAUAUGGGCUGUCCGUUGUAGUGGCAGCCAUCGUGUGAAUACGUUUUUUGUAACUGUGACCUUGACCUUUGACCUAGUGACCUGAAAAUCAAUAGGGGUCAUCUGCGAGUCACGAUCAAUGUACCUAUGAAGUGUCAUGAUCCUAGGCAAAAGCGUUCUUGAGUUAUCAUCCGAAAAUCAUUUAACUAUUUCGGGUCACCGUGACUUUGACCUUGUGACCUCAAAAUCAAUAGGGGUCAUCUGCGAGUCAUGAUCAAUCUACCUGUGAAGUUUCAUGAUCCUAGGCAUAUGCGUUCUGGAGUUAUCAUCCGAAAACCAUUUAACUAUUUCGGGUCACCGUGACCUUGACCUUUGACCUAGUGACCUCAAAAUCAAUAGGGGUCAUCUGCAAGUCAUGAUCAAUCUACCCAUGAAGUUUCAUGAUCCUAGGCGUAUGCAUUCUUGAGUUAUCAUGCGGAAACCAUUUUACUAUUUUGGGUCACCGUGACCUUGACCUUUGACCUAGUGACCUCAAAAUCAAUAGGGGUCAUCUGCGAGUCAUGAUCAAUCUACCCAUGAAGUUUCAUGAUCCUAGGCGUAUGCGUUCUUGAGUUAUCAUUUAAAAACCAUUUUACUAUUUCGGGUCACCGUGACCUUGACCUUUGACCUAGUGACCUCAAAAUCAAUAGGGCUCAUCUGCCAGUCAUGAUCAAUGUACCUAUGAAGUUUCAUGAUCCUAGGCCAAAGCGUUCUUGAGUUAUCGUCUGACAACCACCUGGUGGACGAAUCGACCGACAGACCGACAUGAGCAAAGCAAUAUACCCCCUCUUCUUCGAAGGGGGGCAUAAAAAAAGCCGCGCAUUAGGGGGCAUUGUGUUUCUUACAAACACAUCUCUUGUUUAUUUAUCUUAUUCAAUUGCUUUCCAUGGAUAAACUUGCCAAUAAAAACGUGAUUUAGUUUGACAUAAGAAUAAGGUACGUGAAUACUUCAGAUUGUUUUGUUAAUUUCAGUAUAAACCCAAUCCUUUCAGAUUGUUUUGAUAAUUUCAGGUUAAACCCAAUCCAAGGCUAAAGAAAUGUGUUAACAAUGUUGAUAAAAAAAAUUGAACUUAAUUAUCAAGCCGUUUUAAGAAAAAGACCAGUAUGGCAUAUAGCUAAUGUUAUGUCCGUUUGUAGAUUGUGCUUAGAGAUUGCAAGUUCAAUCCUUUAUUAAUUAAUUAUUAAUUAAGAGCGAUUACUCACAGUCUCCUUGCAUUAAAGAAAGUAAUAGUGCUGGUUUUAUGCAGUACACUCCAUUUUGUCUAUUAAUCUUAUAAAAAAUAGUUGAAUAUGGCUUUAAACUGACUAAAUGAAAAGAAAUGAAAAGAAGAACAUCUACAAUAUUUUUCAGAUCAAAACAAGAUUUCUUUCUUCUUUUUUUUGCUCAGAAUAGUUUUUUUAAAUUCCUUAACCUCAAUACAAAUGCUUAUAUAACGAGUGAUUAGUUGCACAGUAAACUGUUUUACUUUGCGUAGAAUUGUUUUGUGAUAAUUUAUUGUGAUAUUUUUACCCAUAUUUUUUGUUUUACAUACUUUCACGUAAAUCUUUUGUUUUAUUUACAAGUGUUUUUACAAUAAACAAUGAACAUUG